CUCGCGCCCAAUGACCAUAUGCAUUGACGGUCAAAGUUGAAGUUCGUGCGUGUACGUAAACAAUAAUGGUUCACCUCGGUCCCAGUCCAUUCUCAUGACGGAAUUGCUACAUUACUAUGGACUGGAUCAAUACACAAGCUAGCUGGGAUUGAACACUGUCAGUAGCUUUUGAAUUGGCUUGGCAUGAAUGUGUGCAGCGGCCAACCUGAAUGGGCUAACCUGCUUGUAAUAAUGUAUUUCUGCUAGCUGCUGUGAUCCCUGAUUUGCCUAAUAUUAAGCCAAAGCCAAGGCAAGCCAAAGGACCUUCUCAGUUCUAUAGCCUAGCCUAGGUAGGGCCUAGGCUUAAUUUCAUUCAAAGUAAACUCAAAAGAGAGCCUGGCCUGGCAGGCCCUGAGCAGGAAGAUCUAAGCUUGGUGCCGUUGUGCCGGUGGUUCUCUAAGAUUGAGAAAACAAAACAGGAUGGAGCUCGACUGGAUACAAAUAUUUGUGAUAAGUGUGUUACUUGGACUAAUACUCUUGUACGAGUUAAGUAACACAUUCAAGUACUAUGCCAAAAUGACUCUGUACUACACAUUGCUGCAGAUUGAGGCAUUUAUUGUCGUCAUAUUGUCACUUCCCAGGCCUCGAGAUCCGUUGAAUCAUCGAUGGGUCUGUGCAUUGAUCUCCAACACUAAUGGCCUGUUUGGAAUACGUGCUGAAGUCCGAGGCCUUCACCACCUUGACUACAAUAAGCCUGCUAUUGUCGUUGCAAAUCACCAAUCUUCCAUUGAUUUAUUCAGUAUGUUUUCAUUCGGCGUCUGGCCUAAGCGAUGUGUGUGCAUUGCGAAGAAGGAGCUUAUGUUCUCGGGACCAUUUGGUGCAAGCCUCUACCUAUGUGGGACUAUUUUUGUGGAUCGCCUUCACCCGGAUAAGGCCAGGAAUACCAUGGACCAGACAGUCCAACACAUCAAGGAUAAAAAUGUCAAAGUUUGGAUAUAUCCAGAAGGGACAAGAAAUCGAGAAACGGGUCUACUUCCUUUUAAGAAAGGAGCUUUCCAUCUUGCCGUCCAAGCUCAGGUCCCUGUGAUUCCGGUCGUGUUUUCAUCGUACUCCGAUUUCUACAGCCAAAGAGAAAAGCGAUUUGGAACUGGAAAGUUCACCAUCACAGUGCUACCACCCGUCCCCACCGAAGGAAAGACUAGCGAGGACGUGAACGAGCUGACCGAGACCGUUCGGAAGCAGAUGCUUACUACUUACAAUGAGACGUCUAUGCAAAGAAUGGAGAGCAAUGGCCUUAAUUAAAGGGUCAAGGGUCAAAGUUCGAGGAUGACGGGUCAGGUUAUGUAAAUCUUCCACAAGGGAAUGUAAUGAAGGUGGAAGCGGACAUGGUCACUUUUAAUAACAAGACGUCGUGGCAAGGGUCUUUACCAUCAAAUCGCAUCUGAUUAACAAUCAGGUCAAGGGUGAAGGGUCAGUCUUGCCUCAGUGAAUUUUCGUAUGAAUGGUACUGAUGUCUGAUCAGAAUUGCGGACGCGACCUAUCUGAGAAAGCCACUCAGUAACGGAGUGAGAAACUUGACCCCAGGAGGAUAGGUGAAAGGUCAGUCAGUCAGACAUUGUAAAAUGAGAUGUAAUGAUCCUUCGCUGACCUGUGUGGAGAAUAGAGCCCAAUGACCUCACUAAGGUCAAAGGUGAAAGAAUAGGCAAAGGCCUAAAGGCUAAAUGUCUUCCAGGUGAUUUCUAAAUCUUGGUCAUCGUCCAUAAUUGUUUAACUUUUCAGUGAUUCGAGGAAGUUACAGUUUUGAGAAUCUGGGAGCUGUUUCAUAAAGCUGUUCGUAAGUUAAGAGCGAUUUUAAGAAUGACUGGUGAUCCUUUCUUG